CUCAUACGCGCGCGACCGCGACCGUGACCGCGCACGCACACGUACACACAGGUACAAUUUGUGGGUGGCGAUGACAUGUCACAGUACAUGUGCCCCGAUUCAUUGCUUAUUUUGAUCCAUUGGGAGAGUAUUAUUGUGCCUUUGGCUUUUGCUGCCCAUAGAUUCUCUCUCCCACACGGAAAACCCUAGUAAUAGGUUGGGGUCUCCCGAAACCCUUUUUCCUUCGGUCCAUCGUCGAUCCCACGCUGAUCUCUCCCGUUUCACUUGCCCCGGCCGCGCCUCGGGAUCGAAGGGCGAACCGCGGUUCAGGUUUUUAUGGUAAAGAAGCUACCGGAUUCCUUUUCGGGUUCCCCGUGAGAGGUCAGCUGUAUUUAGUACGGUUUGGAAUGUAGUCUAGAAGUUGAAUGGGAAAGGAGCUUCUUUUCUGGAGUCGACUAUGGGUGUGUGGUUGAGCCUCAGGUUUAUGAUGUUCCGGUGGCCUGUUUGUUCCUUUGCAGAAGCGGGUAAUCAGCAAAGCAUGGCUUGAUGUAUGUUACGCAAGGAGGAGCACAUCCGGGAAAGACAUAUUCAACCUGCUGCAUAUGAUUGUUCUCACCAUUUUAAGCUAUGGAAGUAGCAGUUAAGGAGCUGUAUGUUAAAGGGAAAGAAUUUGCUCCUGUGACUGAUGGCAAGGAAGAUGCAGAAGAUUGUGACCAUUUCACCAUUCGUGGUUAUGUUGCUGGUGUUCGAAAGAGAGAUGCAAAGACUUGUUGGCCAUUGUUUAUGCCCCACAAUGAAAGUUCAGAUAUAGAUGCCAACAUGCUACCACCACUACAUGUUUCUAAGUUCAAACGAUGGAGUUGCCUGAACUGUAUUAGUACUAUUAGCACAUCUGCAGAUGUAACAGGACCUGCAGAUUUAACAAGUGUACUACAUGAAGAAAUAAAGACAAAAAGCUCCUCAUUUCUGUCAAAUGCCAAUUCAAAUAGAUUAUGUUGUGAUUCUAAACAAUCUGAAAAUAGAAUACAUGGGGAGAGACUCCUGUCAGAUUCUUCUAUCAGCAUUAGUCAUGGUGAACAUAGCCCAGCACCAUACUGUGUCAAGAAAGCAAAUGAAUCUACAACAGAAUGUGUGGCCAAAGAAGGUAUCCGAGUAUUCACAUAUGGGAAACAUAGAUCUGAAGAGAAUCAAGAUCGGUCAUGCAAACCUGCAUCCGCUGUGGUUGAAGAUGAAAAUUUUGAAGCAGGAAAAACCCAAGCAAGGAAUAUUGCAGUUACUGAGGACAAUCCUGAGACUGUUCUUUCUGCUGAUGGUUUUCCGAUGGUUUGUGCCAAACCAAAUGGAGGUGCAACCAGUGGAGUUUCUGAUGCAGUUCUGGCUUUCAGAGCCAGCAAAGCAUAUGCAAUCAUAGACGAUGAGGGGAUUACUGAUGAAGGUGAAAUAGAUGUAGUACCUGAUGGCAUGGUUAAGACAAGCUGGAAAUUGGCUGGGGUUGAUCUUGGCAUCCCAAAAGAUGAUUCUCUAAUUGCAACUGUUGCUAAUGUUACCAAAUAUGCUUUAAUGGAUUUAGAUCAGAGCAAUAAUGAAGCAUCAUACAGUAACAUGGAUUUGUUUGAUCAUGUGAAUUGUAUCUCAAAUCAGAACAGUGUGCUUAGCAGUCCACACGGAAAAAUGAACCACAAAAAGGUUCGUAAGCUACGCUUCCUGGAAGAUAUUAUGAAAAGUGAAGAGUUGCACACAUCUAAAAGAGCUUGUACUUUCAAGAGAUACUCAGAAACAUGUGAAAUAAAGAGCAACCAUGAGCGAGGUUCAGGUGGACUGGAAUGUGAAGCCCAAUCUGGAAACUGCAAAAGCAAUCUCGUUGGCCAGAACUCUGAAAUGACAUCAACUGAUCCUAAUAAAGGUAUAGAAUCUAAUCGGAACAACGAUGAUGAUCUUUGUCUACUGCACUGGCUAAAGAAGGUUUCUAAGAAACUUGUCACCGAUGAUUCUCAGAACAAGAAAGCCAUUGGUGCAAAAGGAUAUGCUGAAAUUAAGCACAGAGAGAAUAAAGGUGGUGUAUCUACCAGUACGCAUAAUGCGAAGGAUGUAGAUCCUCUUUCUAAAAUUUCUAGAGAAAGUAAACAUAAUAAAAGCUAUACCACUGAAAAGGAAAACAAGGUGCCUCUAGUAAAACCAAGUGGUUGUUGCCUCAUGCAACAGGAAAAUUUAGUUUCUAACAAUGCAACAGUGAAGCAUGUCCAUCCUGAAAAUGAUUAUCCUAAAAUGAGAGACAUAAUUUCUGCACCUGGAAAACUAGACAGGAGCUAUGAUAAAAAAGUUGAUUCCAGAAUAAGGAAAAAGAAGGCAUCACAAGUGGAGAGCAAAAGUUCUUCCCAAAUAAAAUGGUCAAAGAAAGUAGUAGUAAAGAAACAAAGGACCACAAAGACACAUGAAAAGGAAAUUCUGGAUGACAUUCCGAUGGACAUUGUUGAACUCUUAGCGAAAAAUCAACAUGAAAGAAGUCUGAUGAAUGCUGAGGUUGCCAGCAAAAACCAUCAUGAGUUGUCAAUGAUGAAUGAUAAGAUGAAGCAUGGAAAUAUUUUAAAUGUGUCUGGAUACCGUGGAAGCAAGGUUAUGAAUGCGAUAUAUAUGAGUCAUGCAAGUGAUACAGAAUUUGGUAUUCCUACUACUCCAUGUGGCAACCAGAAUGCUGACCAUGGAACAGAAGUCUGCAAGAGUGCCAAAUAUCAGAAACAUAUCCUUAUAGAUCUGAACCAACAAGCUACAGAUGCCCUGACAAAUCCAGAAUAUGAUGAAUACCAACUAUGUACAACUCACCUUCAUGCCGUUGAUUCUAAAAAAAAUCGUUCUCUUCCAAAUUCUUAUUGGGGAAGAAUGAGGAUGCAAGAUUUUGGAUUCUAUCAGAAGGAUCGAGGAGUUUUAGCUCAGAGUUCAAGUGGAGGUGACCAUGAUAUAUUGUCAGCGGCAUUAAAUGGCAGAAUACAUGGAGUCAGCGCCAGUAACAUUCAUGCUUAUUGCAAUUAUGGGAAAAUGGUGCCUGGUGAUUCAUUUCUUGAUAGAAAACAGAGGACAGUUGUUCAAAAGGCUGACUUUCGGGAAUCAAUAAAUACAAAUGGCUUGCAUUAUCAAGCUGAGGGAGGGAAGUCUGAGCAAUCAACAAACAGGACAACUCUACCAACCAGAUCUUAUCUUGUGGGAGGAGGAAAUAGGUGUCAUUUAGGAAGAACAGCACCAAUAGAUUUGCAUACCAAUGAAACAAUUUCUGCAUUGCAUUUGCUUAGGCUAGUUGAUCAAGCAGCUCUGACAGGUCUGUCAUGCGAUAUAAACCAUGUAGGAAUUCCCCAAGGUUCUAACUUGAAUUUUAGUAAUAAAUCCACAGAGGUGCUUGGUGUGGAAGUUGGAACCAAAAUUAGAGAGACCCCUGAAAAUCCAUCCACAGCUGGUUACUCUGCUCAUGACCAAAAAGAAGGAAAUUUCAGCAAACCUCACCGUCCAAUUCCCAGGGUAGGUGUUCUUGGGUCUUUGCUGCAAAAGGAAAUCAUGAUUCACUCAAACAAGUGUAUAGCACCAUUGGGUUUUAAUGCUAGGUGUUCUGGUGAAGCACCAUCUUUCUUAGUUGAAGGAAUGGAUAAGACAGGUGCCCCUUCUUCAUCUAUUAAUACUGAAUAUGGUGAUGGCAGUAACUGUCUCUUUGGGACUACAAGUGCCAAGCAAAUAGUAAGAGCUGGAGAUUCUUCUGUACGUAAGUUUGGGAUGGGUCAGGUUGGGAUCACCAAAAGGAAUGAAGCAAUCCAAUCCGUUAGACAUGAUUGUCAUACCGUAAACUGUGUUGUCAACCAAAACCCUGCAGACUUCAGCAUACCUGAUGAAGACAACGUCUACAUGCGCGGAAGUGAAAAUCUACCCUCUGAAUAUAUAUCCCCCCCAGACCUCCAUGGUAUCAAACCCAUCAUGAUGGGAAUAAGUGGGAGGUGGUGAAUUUUCAGGCAUCAUAAGCAUGAGAAGAGAUGCUUUGGCAUUCAAGCUUAGGUUUUUCUGCAGGAAUUUUGCUGGUGGCCAAUCUUUCAUGAAGAUAGUCACAUAUAUGUGACCUAGUAUUUGGCUAGCUUCUAUCUGCCUUCACCAAUGUCAUAAAUUUAACUUUACAAAAGCAAGGGUGAUGAUGAUGGGAAAUGUUGAGCCAUUGCAAGACUGGAUCAGUUUGUUGACCGUUAGCUGUUUGGUGCUGUUUCUCCAACAGCUUCAGAUCAGGCAGGAAUGUUGUGAAAGCAGAAGCAUACAGGUAUUUCUACUUAAGCGAAAUAGUGUAUAGACGAGUAAAUAUGUAUGACCAGCUUGUUGUACUUUUGUCCUAUUUUUGUUGUUAAAUUUUAAUAAAUCAAGGAGUUGGAACUUGGAAGAACUCAGAUUGUUAAGACUUUCUUUUAAGCCUAGCCUUGGUCAGCUUUCUCUUAGUUUUAUGACCAGCAGGAUAAAAUGAUGUUAUGGUAAUUUUGUUACUGUUUA